AUGCAGAGCCUCGUUGGCUAUGAGCUACAUUACGGCCUAACUACGCUAGAUUGGGAGCUGCAGAUGAGCAUCCUCGAUGCAGGUUUGACCAGCGUCAAACCCCUAGUCACUCCCGAGAACCUGCCCGAAGUCUUACGCGUACAGUUUAUCCCCACCCCUUCUGCAAUUGCCAGUGUUUGGGAUCAAGCUCCCGGGUUCGGAUACGUAGCUCCAGCUUUCCCGAAUCCGCAACCUAGCAACGAUAUCCGCUUAUUCUGGCAGCGCGAGCCAGGCAAGAAACGAUUGUUGCAAUACGAGAUUCAGAAAACCAACAUCUACACCUCUUGGCUGGCGACCAGGUCGUUCUAUGUGGAGCGUUUCCUGACCCUCCGCGACGAAAGACGCCAGGCUGUUCAGCAGACAGCGCAACAAUCGCAAAUAGCCAUUUAUCGAAUGCCUCCUGACACAUCCCACGUAGGUACAGCCGCAAUCGAGGAAAUGGAACCAGAGCCCGAUGCGAUGCUUGGCCUCAAGUUCGAGGCGGAGCGCGAGGCAGUAGUGCAGGAUCUUAUGACUGUCCUUCUGUCUAUUCCACAACGGAACAUGGAGCCCAAUGGCGCAUCGCUCAUCAACAAGAUCAGGCAAGUAGCGUCGACUCUCCUCAACGAUACGUCUACCCGUAAAGGACCAGUGAUGCAGAAGAACGAGGCGUACUUGUCGCAAUUCUUGCACAUUCUUACUCGCCUGGAGAAGACUGGCCCGCCCGCUGGUAGUCGAAGCUCGGAUCACACUUCUGAUGAGCCCAUGACAGCCGAGGAGGAGGAGGAAGAGCUUCGAAGCUGGGCGGAUUUGCGAGACUACCAGGACGCUUUCAUCCGAAGUGGAGGCUUUGCUCGCCCCUAA